GCAUGGCGCAGGCACGUGGAUCUACGCACACGUUGACGCUCGUAAACUGCCAAGAGAAGCAGCUAGCCGAGACAGAGAUCGAUGAGUGGCCGGGCGGUGUGUGUGUGUGUGGGUGUGUGCGCAAAGGAUGGACUCGCUGAUGCUGCUCCAGCCACGGACCGUGUACUGACGGAUCUACCGAAGCAGAGACAAUAUUUUAAGGGUUGAUUUUUUCUUCUUCUUCUUCUUCACGAAGGCUCUCAUCAUUAUCUCUCGUUACUUGCGACACCGGUGGACAGUUGCGGAUCGCGGCAGACGGCGAGGGAAGGGCGCGUAAACGACCAGGGAGAAGGGGAAAAAAUCGAUGCAGUCUCAAGGAAGCACAUCCACCCAGCCCUCCUUCGACUCCCUGAGCUCCAGCGACAGCCUUGUGCUCAGCGACUCGGAGCAGACGGAGGACGACGCCGACGUCUUUUCGAUGGACAGCUCGUCCUCCGUCGCCAUCGGCGAAGACGCGUCCAAAAAGGCCCCGAAACCCAGGGGCCCCAGGUCCCAGUGGCCGUACGGCGGCUUCCCGGGGAAGGAGGAGGAGGAGGAGGAGGCGUACAGGUCGCAAAAUGACGGCAGAGGGGCAAAGUUUGGCCCGGCGGACGCGGAUCCUGCUGGCCAGAGGCCCAAAUCCCAGGGAGAUCUGCUAUUUGCUCAGAAAUGCGCUGAGCUGCAGGGCUUCGUCAGGCCGCUCCUCGAGUUGCUGAAUGGCCUGAAGAGCGGUCGAUUUGACCAAGGUUUAAGCAGUUUUCAGCAGAGCGUCGCCAUGGAUCGCAUCCAGAGGAUUGUCGGGGUUCUGCAGAGACCAGACUGUGGGGAGAAGUACCUGAACACUUUGCUUCAGGUGGAGGCGAUGUUAAAGCUCUGGUUCCCUCAUAUCGCCGCUCAGCCCGCGUCUUCGUCCUCCAGCGUUGCCACGUCGCCCGCUCACUCCCUCCAAGACGCUUCCAGCGCCACUCCGCCGCACAAACAUCGGGAUCAGCUGCAUAUUCCCGUCAAGAAGCGCAGACUCAGCUGGACGGAUACAGACUCCCCCACGCCCUCCCCCGUACCGAUCAAGUGCCGUCGUACCAGCGGAGAGGAGAGGAGGGAGAAGCACAAUCAAGAUGAAAGGGAUCAGUCUACCUCUUCCCCCUCGCUGGCCUCUGAUGCAAACCCGCGUUUGCCAGCCGCGGUCUGCAGCAGCCGGCCGAACAGCGGCGUGAAGGGAAACGACAGCGAGGGCGAGGAGCCGGAUGAGCGUGCUAAGUACCAAGCGGCCCGGGGCUCUGAGCCCAGGCUGACGUGGGUGCACGUUGCUCCCAUCCCGUCCCCCCGAAAAGCUUGUCUCUCGCACGGGGUCACGAAAAUGGAGGGCGUCGGCGACGCCGCUCUCCCAGCGGGCAGCAGGGGCAGUCCGGCUAUGCAAGACAGCUCCAUCUCGUCCACCACGCCCUCCAGGAACCCCGAUAAUCUGAAGAAGCCAACGCAGUGCCAAAGCCAGCUCGUCGCUGCCGGACAACGAGGCGAGCCGGCGACCUCUGGGACAUGUCAAGGUCAAAGCCAGCCCCCGCCCGUCCCGUUGAAGCCUCUGACCCGGGUGUGCCCCUCCACUGUGGAGACCUGACACGCUGAGAAGUGGAAAGAGCCGGCGGCCCUGCUCUCCUUAUCCCACCUAAGGUUGAGAGGCUGCUGCAGCAGAAAGAUAGGAAAGAAAACGGCGUUUAUGUAUGCAUUUCAAAAAUGAGGAGACUAGCUGUUAGUGGCGACGCAUAUAAAGGAGGAAUUAUGGGUAAAGUUGGAGGGAAAGGGAAGUUUUUGAAGUGAAGUUCUGAUGAAACAUUGUGAGCAGAAGCUAAUGGUUGCCAGACAAAAGCAGAUCUGUGCUGUUUUUAAACCACCCCAGUCUCAAAAAACGAUCAUGCCGCUUUACUCUAUGAACAGCUAAGCUGUUGUCACCGAGGCAUUGGGUGGUUAUUUAUACAAAAAAAAGGCUAUAAUAGUUUACAUAGCAAACAGAGCUUGGAGGUACUAACCGUCUUCCCCUGUGAAACGCAAACUGAGAACAGAACAUGUAAAGUGUUCCUUGUCAGAAUAACUGCGUGAUAUUUAAAAAAAAAAAAAAAGUAUCACAGAGCUUUAAGUGAACACAAGUUUAUUUUUACUCCGCUUUAGUUUUCUAUUAGAUAAGAACACUUGUUUCAUAAAGGUAGGUCAUUGGCACCGCAUCGCCUCCUCCUGUUUCCUGUAUAAGUAAUCGUCCGCUUUUGUGUGAAUAACCACCAAAUGCAAAUGAUUAAGUAAGUCCAUUAAUUUCUGAUAAUGGACUCUUCGAAGGGCGUCUGAUAUGACCCAGUGCUUCCAUGCACCACUGGGGUGCUUUUUGAGACUGGAGCAGUUUUAAUACGUACAUGUCUGGGUCAAAGUCUCCUGAAUUUACACUAAAUCUAGAUGCAAAGAGAGCUGUCUGCUGCUACAGAAGCUCACUUUAAAAAAAAUCCAAACUAUCCUUUUAAACUGGGUAUUUUUAAUAAAAUGGGAUAUAAUGUGUUUCAAUUAUAUAUAUUAAAAAAAAACAUAGUAUUCUUGAUUUAAUAGUGAUCCAAAUAUGCACUACGAGGGGUUAUAAUUAAAGAAGAAAAAAGUUCAGGAACGCCGACGGUUGAUGGAGCCUGGAAUGAGUUUUUUUUUUUUUUUUUUUUUUUUUAAGCAACCGACAGAAUUUCUUAGCAUGAAAGCAAUCAAUAUAUUCAGAGAAGGCUGUUUUCGCACAACUUGAACUUGAAACUCUAAAAACACGGAGUCUGAUGUCAGUAUUUGAAAUUGAGCUCUUAGAACGCUAUGAUUUCUAACAGAGUAAUCACCAGAGUGAGAUGAUUUUUUUUGGGGUUAUGACAGGAAGCCUGAUUUGAUAGUACAGCUAACCAUAGAUAGGACAGAGGACAAAUAAUUACUGACGUGAGCAAAGGCAGACCCUCUGGCUGUCGUCGUGAGGAGUACGGAUCUGACUAAUUAGUAUGCUGUAUUUGUGGUGUGCUGGAGUCCGUGGAGGUGGUGGGAAAACAAAUAUGUAACAACCCGCGAAUGUAUUCCAAAACGUUUGAGCGCUUCACAUCCAAAAGGAGCGACGCCGUAGCAUCAACCCGUCUCGCUGUGAAUCAGACGCCGCUGCCCGGUGUCUGCAAACCGACCGGCGAUCAGGGUCAAGAAAGACUUUCUUUUUUUUUUUUCUUUUUUAAUGACCAGCCUGUGGAAAACAAACAGAAAAACUACAACCACUCAGACAUAUGACUCUAGUCCCACUGUUAAUUUAUUCACAUUUCCAUCACUGCAGCUAUUUAUUAUUGUUUUGUAUUUAUUUAUUGGGCAGCUGAUUAUCGCCUGCUGUGCUCUGGCACAGUUUGGUUUGUUGUUUUUUUUUUUGUUUGUUUCAGAUGCUUCUGACAUUUCAUGUGUUGUUGUUUUUUUUACUAUCAUAAGGAGAAAAAAGGAGGCAGGUGAAACAUUUCGACUGGACUAUUGGACUACUGUGCCUUUAUCGCCAAUGUGUUCGAAAAAGAUCUUGGUGCUUUCAGUACAUUUUGAUUGUCUGCAUUUCAGAUAAACCGUACACAUUCAAUCAAGGAAAGCCAAACGUCUAGUCUGUACUUUUUAAAGACGCGCCAGUGCAUCAGAACCAAC